AUGUCCGCUAAUACACCCACAAAAGAAACCCCUGAGAAGCCCAAGAACGACGCUAAACCUGAGCAAGACCAGAAGCCCAAUGGUGACCCUAAGCCUGAAUCCAAUGAAGACUCUAAAGCUGAAUCUAGCAAUGCUUCAAAGACCAAGGAAGAUGAACCAGCAAAGAAGGAUACCAAAGCCAAAGCACCAAGUAAAAAGCCCAAGAAGGCAGCUCCUCCUCCACCAGAAGAAUCAGAAUCAGAAUCCGAGUCUGAUUCCGAUGAUGAUGUUACUAGUGAAGAAGAUAGUGAUGAUGAUACAAGCGAAGAAGAAACUGAUUCUGACGAGGAGACUUCUGAAGAAGAAACUGAUUCUGAAGAAGAGACAGAAAGCGAAUCCGAAUCUGAAGACGAAAUUCCUCAAAAGUUUUUAAAGAAGGGUAAAGGAAAGGAUAUUGUGAAAGGAGCUACUGAUACUGCCAGUCAACUCGCAGGCAAUGUUGGUGGUGCUGUUGGAGGUGCUGCUAAAGGAAGAAACGAAAAACCUCUUAGUCUUCGUCUUGAUCUUAAUUUAGAGGUCGAAAUUGAGCUUAAGGCUCGAGUCCAUGGUGAUGUUACAUUGGCUCUCUUACGAUAA